GAAGGUUCGCAGCCAAUGGCUCGGACAGUCAGACUGCUCUGCAGGAAGAUUUAUGGUGGAAAGCGCACGGAAGCAUGGCGUCCCGUGAAGAGCACCUAAUCCAGUCUUCCACCGGUCUACACCCUGGGGAAAAAAGCGCAGCAUUGGACUGUUUGAAAGAUCCAGCGACAUCGGUUGUUUUUCAACUCUGUUUGGAGGGUGCUCCUCUAGACGAUGUGCCUCGUCGCGUCCGGUCCGUGCUUUCUGUGGGUCGUCUGACUGCUCGUCAAGCAGCAAAACAGGUGCCACCACAGCUUGCAGCUCGAACAUCCCCGCGUCGGUCUCAUUCAAAAACACAACCUCAACAUGCGAGGACCUUCGAGGAAGUUCUCCCUUGGAAUGAGUUUGAAGGGAAAGUGGAUGAUUUUGUAAAUUCCUUGGAUGACCAGUAUCUGCUUUUCCAGAAACUCCAGCAAGGUGUCCAGGAAGGGGCAAAGCCACUCAGCCCUGCCGCAAAAGAGGGGACGGUGGAAGCCCCUCUCAUGACCUAUGUAGCUAAUGUAGCGAACGCAAUUGUUGAGACGGUGGGGUGUGGAGCAGUUCUUGUGUCAGGAGGCUCAGGGCGGUCAGCAUCCGAUACAGACCAAGUAGUCGCCAUCAGAUCUUUGCUUGGGCAAGCCCGUCCGCAGAGUAGUGACCUGGUUCUCGGCCCUGUGGAGGUCAAAGGGAACUGGCAGCUGAAACUGGUCAAGGGCGACUCCAUCGAGCUCUUGUUGAGGGACCCAAGGAAGCGAAAGCAGGUGGAACUGGCCCUGCAGCAGCUUUUUGGUGACAUGGUGGAAGAUGAGGCCCCAUUUGGAAUGCUCUCCACUUAUGAAGCAAUCGUCUUCCUGGCGCGCCAUCCUGACGUGCUCAAAAAGACCCUGUUUUGCUCACGAAUUUAUUGGCAAGACGAGGGAUCCCCCAGCCUGAUCGCAGCAACCUGUACAUUCCUGGAUCUGUGCUGGAAGGGGAGGGCGCUGAAGGACCGGCUGCCACGUGAUGAUGUGCCAGUCACGUCAGUCGCGGGCUACACCGUCGCUCAGUUGCCAACAAGUACCACUCGAGGCAGAGUCACGAGGCCUCUCCCGUUCUCUGUGAAGGCACCAACUCCCCGACCAACUUCAGGGAAGCGGAAAAGAAGGGCAACGAGUCUGGAAGAUUUCCAGGUCACAAGUUUUGGCAGCAUAGGGUACAAAGGAACCCUAGUGGCAAGCGGUCGCCAUGGCAACCUCAUCUUCGGGAGUAUCAACGGGGAGCCCGUCGUCAUAAAAAAGUACGAACUGCGGAGGAGAGCAUCAGCUGACGCCUUGGAGCGCGAGUUUGCGCUGUACACGAGCAGCGAGUACGCGGCGCUGCAGGGACAAGUGAUCCCCCGCCUGAUCAAGUACGGCCUGCUGCCCCAUUCGGGGACACCCUUCCUCGCGCUCUCAUAUGAAGGUGCCCCUCUGGAGGACACGGCGAGAACGCCUGCAAUAGUUGCCGCAGCUACAAGCGCACUUGACCGAUUCCAUGCGGCGCGUCUCCUUCAUGGGGACCUCUCCCUCAACAACCUGCUGGUUGACAAGGAUCAUGUUAUCCUGUGUGAUUUCGAGUCCGUGCAAGAAACCGCACCAGAAGAGGACCAGCUUCUAGAGAAGAAGUUGUUGCUAGAGCUGGUUGCGGAGGCAGAGGAAACUGUGCGCUGAAGCUCAAGGCUCAUUUCUAGUUAGAUAAAAGUACUGCUUCUAAGUCCAGCCCAGCCUCUUUGAAGAGGCAGUGAACGCACGGGUCAUUCUACUUUGGAACUCGUUGAGCAUCAGCAGCUUAAUGUCGUUCGCUCCGACAAGUUCCUGUGAGAUAUCAACCAUAGCGCCCUGCAGACUCGCCUCACAUGUGGUGAUAGGACUCGUUUUUGUAGACAGAUUCGGCCAUCUAUACGACGCUGCGUCCAAACGAAUGAAUUCGGAG